CCACCGCUCCAUCGAGUUGAGCCUUCAGAGCGGAGGGACGUGCGCAAGAAAGAAAGGCAGGCAGAGGAGGGGAAGCGAGAGCGGGAGCGAGAGAGAAAGAGAGCGAAAGAUGGCGGGGAUGGGGGAUGGGUACGUGGGCACGGCCCAGGACGCGGUGAGGAUCCGGCGGCUGGAGAAGCAGCGCGAGGCGGAGCGCCGCAAGAUCCAGGAACUUAAGAAUAAGACCGCCUCCGCCGGCGGCCAGACCGGUCUCCUCCAGUUCGGCUCCAGCACCUCCGAGAUUCUUGAGACUGCUUUUAAAAAGGAAACCGUUGGUCUAGUAACGAGAGAACAAUAUGUUGAGAAGAGAGUUAACAUCCGGAACAAAAUUGAGGAGGAAGAGAAAGAGAAGCUUCAAAAAUUGCAAAAAGAGGAAGAAGAACUUCAGUUACAAAAACGGAAAAAGAGGAGGAUAAAGGGAGAUCCACGGCUAUCCUUUGCUGAUGAUUUUGAGAAUGGAAGUGAUGAGGAGGAUAUAGAAAAUAAAGAAAAUCAAGAGAUAAAAAAUUCUGUCCUUGUUAAAAUCGGGAAGGAUCCAACCGUUGAGACGGGCUUUUUACCUGACAGAGAGAGAGAAGCAGAGGAGCAAGCAGUGCGAGAACACUUGCGCAGGCAGUGGCUUCGUGAGCAGGAAAUGAUUAAAAAUGAGCCUCUGGAAAUUACUUAUAGCUACUGGGAUGGGGCCGGCCACAGAAGAGUGAUCCAGGUUCGCAAAGGUGAUACCAUUGGAGAAUUCCUUCGAGCUGUUCAGCAGCAACUUGCACCUGAGUUUAGAGAGAUACGGACCACAUCAGUGGAGAACCUGCUCUACGUGAAAGAAGAUUUGAUCAUUCCUCAUCAACACAGUUUUUAUGAGUUAAUCAUCAACAAAGCGAGGGGAAAAAGUGGACCGCUUUUCCACUUUGAUGUUCAUGAGGAUGUGCGAACAAUUGCUGAUGCAACAAUAGAGAAAGAUGAGUCCCAUGCUGGAAAGGUCGUGGAGAGGCAUUGGUAUGAGAAAAACAAGCACAUAUUCCCUGCUUCAAGAUGGGAGAUAUAUGAUCCAACGAAGAAGUGGGAGCGCUACACCAUUCAUGGCGAUUAGCUAGAACAUGGAUUGUACCCAAGAUCUGACUGAGUCUUGCUUUGGGUCAUAUUUAUGGGAAAAGGAACAUUCCCUGUUCUACUAUGUAACUAUGUGAUGCUGAGGAUGACAAUUAAUAUCUUAAAUUUCUUUUGCUGGUGUUUGACCAUGUGAAAUAUUGGACAUUCAGUUCAAAUGUGACCGUAGUGAUUUAGUUGUUCU